AUGGUUGUUCCCCUCCCGUCUACUGCAAAUAGUGGCCCUGCUUUUCGUACCUACAACGUACAACUAGACCCCUCAAUCAAUGAAGAACCCAGAGCCGUGACGCUGAACAUAGAUCCCUGUCAGGUCUUCACCCAGAAGCUUGCAUACUUUCAAAAGCGUUGUGAGGCAGCAGAGGAUGAGAAUAACGGCAUGGUCUUUCAAAUGGAAAUGGAUGAGCCCGGCCCUGCUGCUGAAAUGAAACCGGCGGAUCCCAUGAACACCAGGAAUAUUCUACGUGGAGAACCAAGACCCGCUUUGAGUGAAAGAGGCAUUCCCAGUUCGUCCGUGAUCUGCGCCAUUGAGAACACACAGAAACGAUGCAAUGAGUCUUUUCCUGAUUCUGACUCUACUAUAACCCUUGAGUCUCCACACAAAACAAAGAGUAAAAGCCCAACAGACCCGUUUCCUGAGUACUACGCGUCGUGCGAGACAGCGGAGGCUCAUGUCGACAAGGAAGUAGAAAGGGCAUACGAGAUCGCCAUUUCCAAAGUCUGUGAAGAGGUCAUCCGCUUCAGGGAGGUCAGCUCCGACGUGACUUCACCUCCCCCGUUCACCAUGGAGGACGUUGCCGAUCAUUCUAGCUCCAAAGGCAAUGGAAAUGGUCCUAUUCGAAGUGACAGUCCUGUUCCACCAUCCUUUCACAUGGACAGCGAAGUAACCACCCCCCAGUUGAGCGAGCACUCAGGAGCCGAACCCCGUCCUGGCUUAGCUAUGCCUGAGAAUCGCAAGAAGGAUGUUCUUGAAAAAAUCAGAAUCAUGGUCAACUCGGACCGCAUGAAACCAGCCACCAAGAGACGCUUCGUGGCCAUGUGCAACAUUAUCCUUCGCAUCGAAUACCUUCUAUUCCGCAGACACCAGACCCCCGUUGACCCCGUGAGCUUUUUAACCGGUGAGGAAGUCGAGGAAGUGAUGUAUCUUGCCGGGGAGAUCAUAAAAUAUCUCACCAUCAUCAACAACGUCCUCCUGCAGGAGCUUGACUGUGCGCAGCACGUUCAGCACUCGAUCAAGUAUAUCGCCGAAGACAAGGGCUACAACGUGGUGACUCGCUUCAAGAGCAUGGCCGAGGUCAUAAUCAACCACCUCAACAAGCCCCGCCCCUCAGAGCAACGCCUCCUGGCUGUCUUCCUUGACUUUUUCGACUCCUACAUCUACACGGACUUUAUCAGUAUCCGCCACCGCCAAAUCCGGAUCGAAGAAACUUGGAAUCCCAUUCGCAUGCAGAUGACUCGUCUUAUGGUCGAUAUCUGGGAUAUGAUCAACCGAGCCAUCGAGAACUACGACGCCAUUGUCAAGAUCAGCAUGAUGAUCAAGCGCGAGUACAUCGAGCCCGCCUUGAACAAUAUGCGCGAGGCUCCUAGCAUCUGGCGCGACGUCAUGAUUCAGCAUCACAUCGAGGCCCAGAGCGCGCGCUUGCGUCAGUCCGACCAGCAGGCCCAAAUCCGUGAACAGGCCCGCGAACACGCUCGGAUCUUGGUUGAGCAGCAGCAAGAGCGUUACGGUACCAAUGGGGAGUGUCCUCGCGAACAGACCGAUACUAUGAUGAGCUCUGAUAGCGGUUUCGAGAUUAAUUCCCAAGACCGUUACUUUUCUCGCGAGGUGUCGAAUAGGUCUGAUGCAGAUAUUCCCUGGUUUGGUGUCGACGAUUGA